AUGGAGCCUCUGUUCCCGGCCUCCCCACUGACCAGCUGGAAUGCCUCCUCGGCAGCCACAGGCAGCGGCGGCGAGAAUGGGACGCUGGCGGGGCUGGUGCCCUCACCGGGCGCCCGGGCGGUGGUGGUGCCCGUGCUCUACCUGCUGGUGUGCACAGUGGGGCUGGGCGGCAAUGCGCUGGUCAUCUACGUGGUGCUGCGCCACGCCAAGAUGAAGACGGUCACCAACAUCUACAUCCUCAACCUGGCUGUGGCCGACGUGCUCCUCAUGCUGGGGCUGCCCUUCGUGGCCACGCAGAACGCCAUCUCCUAUUGGCCCUUCGGCCCCGUGCUCUGCCGCCUGGUCAUGACGCUGGACGGCAUCAACCAGUUCACCAGCAUCUUCUGCCUGACCGUCAUGAGCGUGGACCGCUACCUGGCCGUGGUCCACCCCAUCCGCUCCGCCCGCUGGCGCCGCCCUCGGGUGGCCAAGCUGGCCAGCGCCGCGGUCUGGGCCUUCUCUCUGGUCAUGUCACUGCCACUGGUGGUGUUUGCGGACAUCCAGGAGGGGUGGAACACCUGCAACCUCAGCUGGCCGGAGCCUGUGGGCCUGUGGGGCGCCAUCUUCAUCAUCUACACGUCCGUGCUAGGCUUCUUUGGGCCGCUGCUGGUCAUCUGCCUGUGCUACCUGCUCAUCGUGGUGAAGCUGAAGGCGUCGGGCAUGCGCGUGGGCUCCACGCGGCGGCGCUCAGAGCGCAAGGUGACCCGCAUGGUGGUGGUGGUGGUGCUGGUGUUCGUGGGCUGCUGGCUGCCCUUCUUCAUCGUCAACAUCGUCAACCUGGCCUUUGUGCUGCCCGAGGAGCCCGCCUCCGCCGGCGCCUACUUCUUUGUGGUCGUGCUGUCCUAUGCCAACAGCUGCGCCAACCCCUUGCUCUACGGCUUCCUCUCUGACAACUUCCGCCAGAGCUUCCGGAAGGUUCUGUGCCUCCGCAAGAGCUACGGCACUGAGGAUGCGGAUGCCACGGAGCCGCGGCCGGGCCAGAGCAGCCGGCUGCAGGAGGCCAUGCUGCCCACACGCAGCUGCAAGGCCAACGGGCUCAUGCAGACCAGCAAGCUGUGA